AUGGACGAUUCGGACAACAAGAAGAAGAAGAAUACUCUCAAUGACUGGAGUAGUAAUCCAUUUGAAAGGGUGAACCACUCGACCAACUUUGAAGACUAUGCGUGUACUUCAGAUGAAACCAACUUUCUGUACAACAACUCUCACCACACAAGGGAUCUCUUGAAGACUUGGAGCCCUAUUCAGGCCAUCAACAGAGAUUCAGGCUUAACAUCGAGUAAAAGUGCACCAAAACUGGAAACAAAUGUUUUCAAUCAUUUGACGGAUAGAAGAGAUCACAAUUCGUCAGCAGAGGUGACGCCAUCGGGAACUCCUCAAAGUUCUCCGUAUUCUAUGCGUAAAGUAAUGGAAAGCAAUAGAAUUGUCAAACAGAAUGACACGAAGAAUCAGUUGUCUGUGAAUCAGAAGCGUUGGUUUAAUACUGGAUUCUUCUCGGAUAUAAAAAAUGGAUUAGAAAAACCGAUUCCCCAAAUGCCUAAAACACAAAGUUUCAAAAACCUUUGCGUUUCCAACUUUGACAUCAAUGCUGUCGGACCCACAUCUUGGGAACUGUUGAUAAUAAGCACAUUAGAUGGCAAACUAACAGCUGUGGACGUGUCUGCGGGACAUGUCGUUUGGUCAAAGAGAUUAUCUCCCGAUCCGUUGCUCUCAUCGACAAUAAGCGACUUCGAGAUCACCCGAAGAGGUCGUGUCGUACGAGUGGUGCCAUCACUGGAUGGCAACCUAUAUCUGUAUAACGGGAAGACAAUCGACGGAAUACCACUUAAUGCGGACACUCUUCUUAAGAGUUCCUAUAAAUUAGGCGACGAUUUAGUGAUAACUGGCGGUCAAGAGAGUCACAUAUCAGGCAUUGAUAUCGCGACGGGCCGUGUCUUCUAUGAAUGCGGUCUCAAAGGGUGUCCAACGACUCAAUUGAAUGAAAACGAAACGUUUGAUAAUUUGAUUUUAAUUAAACGAAUCACACAAACCAUACGUGCAAUCGAUCCCCGAAGCGGUCGACAGAAAUGGUUUUUCUCCGUAACGGAACCGCAUUUGUCGGAAACCUCUUCUGGAUGUCACGACUCGACCGAUUCGAGUGGAAAUCCCAUCACCGAUGAGAGCGAAGACAUCUUGAAAGACACCGAUUUUAAAGUUAUUGUUCCCAAUGGCUUCAUAUCGGCUAAGAUUCACAGCAAACACAACGACCAAAUAAAUGGAUGGUCUCAUAGGUUUGAUUCACCUUUGGUUCACGUGUGGCACUACCGCAACGGUCGACUCAAUCCGCUUAACCUCUUUGACAAACAAAAACUUUUUGGUUUCACAAACACUGAUCUAAAUGCCAAUGGUUUUGAGCCAUCGGUUUAUGUCGGACUCUAUCAGAAUCAGUGGUAUAUCCAGUCGUCCGACAAAAUCAAGGGUCAAAUCUCUGAAACUAAAGUUACAAACGAUUUGUUGGCCUUAAAAUCGACGGACAAAAUGGAAACGAAAUCAGAGUUAUUGCAAAUUGAAUGGAAACCAACUGCUCUUGUCUUCGAUCACAACAAGCCUUUGGACUCGGAAUCAGAACUCGAUUUUGUGUCGAGUCCUCACUUUUCGUUCGCUAUUUCGUCAGAAAAUGACUCUAAAAUGGGUUACUAUUUGUUUGACGCCAUCGAAGAGAAUGAGACCAAAUGUCUAAUAAAUUCAAGUGAAGAGCUAUUGAAUGAAUCAGAAUAUUGCGAUGAAGACAAUGAUUUAAUGCCGCAAAUUAUAAUCAGAUCUCUU